ACUGGUUGGUAAUAUCUGUAAGAGGUUUGCUUACAUUAUUGUCUUUUCCAACCUACUCUAUACGAUAACAAAGAAAUUGCUGUAAUGGGCUCAAUCCCAGACGAAGCUCCAGUCGGAGGUCCUGCCAUCUUAGACAUUCGGUCUGACACUGAUGGCAUUUCGCUGAAGCAGGAGAUCUUUAACGGCCUUAGGACAGCCGAUGGGUGCGAGAAGACUCUACCAACCCUUUUGCUCUAUGAUGUGCAGGGCUUGAAGCUCUUCGAGCGCAUCACGUAUCUUGAGGAGUAUUACUUGACAGGCGAGGAAAUCCACGUGCUGGAAAAGCACGCGGCGGCAAUCGCAAACAAGAUACCGGAGGAUUCGAUGGUAGUGGAACUUGGGAGCGGCAAUCUGCGCAAGAUUAAAAUACUCCUGGAUGCCUUGGAUGCGGCAGGGAAGCAUGUCGAAUACUAUGCGCUAGACUUAAUGGAAACGGAACUUGAGCGUACUUUAGCAGACGUUCCGAAGUACCGGUACGUAAGAUGUCAAGGUCUGUUGGGUACGUAUGACGAUGGGUUUGCGUGGCUACAAAAGGACGAGAACGCAAGCAAGUCCAAGACGGUGCUGUCAAUGGGCUCCAGCAUUGGCAACUUUCCCAGAGACGAAGCUGCCGACUUCGUCAGGCAGAUCACAUCCGCGCUGGGACCGCAGGACAUGUUACUCAUUGGUGUCGAUGCCUGUCAGGACCCUCAGAAGGUUUUCCAUGCUUACAACGACUCCGAAGGCGUUACGCAUGAGUUUACAGCGAAUGGGCUCAAGCAUGCCAACAGAUUACUCGGCUACGAAGCUUUCAAGCUCGACGACUGGGAGAUCAUCGGCGAGUAUGACAAUUCACGUGGUGGUCACCGUGCGUUCGUCAUACCCAGAAUCGACGUUGAAGUCGAGGGCAUACUGCUCAAAAAAGGCGAACGCAUUCGCAUCGAAGAAAGCUACAAAUACUCGAAAACACAAGCCAAUGAGCUGUGGCGAGCAAGCGGGGUGCAGGAAGCGACUAUUUUCAGCAAUGACGCUUCUACAUACGCAUUGCAUCUACUGAAGAAACGGCCUGCAAUCAUGUUUCCAACCAAACCAGAGGAAUACGCUGCGCAUCCUGUGCCUAGUCUAGAGGAAUGGGACAAAGUCUGGGCAAUCUGGGACACUGUCACGCGACAAAUGAUCCCAGAUCAAGAGCUCCUCGACAAGCCUAUCAAGUUGCGCAAUGCCUGCAUAUUCUACCUCGGCCACAUUCCGACAUUCUUUGAUAUGAAGCUCACCGAGGCAACCAACACUGCACCCACUGAGCCGAAGUAUUUCUACGACAUAUUCGAGCGCGGCAUCGAUCCCGAUGUUGACAACCCUGAGCAUUGUCAUGCCCACAGUGAGAUCCCAGAUGAAUGGCCUGAGCUCAGUACGAUCCUCACUUUCCAGGAAGAUGUUCGCGAACGAGUUCGUAAGCUGUACAAGUCCGGUCAGGCGCACAAUGACAGCUGGACUGGUCGUGCGCUUUGGCUCGGCUUCGAGCACGAGCUCAUGCAUCUCGAGACCCUGCUAUAUAUGCUCAUUCAGAGUGAAUGGGUACGAUCGCCUGCUGUGGCGCUCAAGCCUGACUUUGAGAAUCUCGCGGAACAGGCACGCGAGCAGGCUGUGGAGAACGAGUGGUUCUAUGUGCCGAAGCAGACCGUGAGCGUUGGCAUUGAUGACCCGGAUACCGCAGAUGGACCCGUGCGCUAUUUUGGUUGGGAUGUCGAGAAGCCUGUGCAAUCGGUGGAAGUUGGUGCGAUCCAGGCAAAAGGCCGGCCGAUCACUAACGAAGAGUAUGUACGCUUUAUGAUCGCAACUGGAAAGAAUGAACUGCCGGCGUCUUGGACGAGCGUGGAGCACACCAAGACCGUCAAGUAUCACCGCGGUCGCGAAGCAGGAUUUGACGAGUACAUUAACGGCAAGGCUGUCCGUACAGUCUAUGGUCCGGUGCCUCUUCAGUUCGCGUUGGAUUGGCCCGUUUCAGCAUCCUACGAUGAGCUUGCCGGAUGCGCCCAGUACAUGGGCGGCCGUGUCCCCACAGUGGAGGAAGCACGCAGCAUCUAUCAACACGCCGACGGCAUCAAAAGGAAGGAAGCAUCAAAGGCUCUUGGCAAGACUAUUCCAGCAGUCAAUGGACAUUUGUCCAAUGACGGCGUGGAAGAGACACCGCCAUCGACGCGUUCCGUGGGCGGCUUCAAUGCUGCAGCUAGCAUCGAUCCCAACCAGUUCUUCGUGGACCUCGAGACGGCAAACGUCGGCUUUAAAUACUGGAAUCCUGUCGCCGUCACACAGAACGGUGACAAGCUCGCCGGACUAGGCGAGAUGGGAGGCCUUUGGGAAUGGACUAGCUCAGCGUUGGAGAAGCAGGAGGGCUUCGUGCCGAUGAAGCUCUACCCUGCAUACAGCGCGGACUUCUACGACAACAAACACAACAUCGUUUUGGGAGGCUCUUGGGCCACUCAUCCACGACUUGCAGGUCGCAAGUCAUUUGUCAACUGGUACCAGCGCAACUACCCGUAUGUGUGGGCCGGUGCGCGCCUGGUAAGGGAUGUCUGACAAGGUGAGAGCCUUGCUCGUCGCUUUCCUGCGCUCGACAAAAGUUAGUGCUAUAGGUAACAGCUAAAUACUAUUUCUUGCUUACCUGCGGUGUUUCACAUGCUAAACUGCUGGUGGGAUCUCGCCGGGUACCGAAGCCAGAUCUACCCGAAGCCUUGUGACACACGACCAAGGCAACGCCACGCACAAACACAGAUUUUGUUUACAGCAACUGUGAACAAAGCAAAGCC